UAUUUUGUGCGCUAACUUAUCUUUAAUCACCAAAAAGCUACCCGAAUCUGUCAUCUUCGUUUACAUUCUCACAUUUAGAUAAAAUCCUGUAGAAUGCCAGUGACAAUGACGGAUCGAUUUGAUCUCAUGACCUUUUAGUACAAGUCGCGUUUCACUAAUUACGUAUACCCUUUCCUUCAUUAACUAUUUCUUUCUCUCACAACUCCAGUUUUAGGCAUCGUCUUUGCCGAACUGUGAUGGCAGUGGAGCAGUUGCACGCUAUUUCAAAUGUCCAUGAGUGUGGACGUCGUCCUGUCGGUAGCCGUGUCAUUAAUGGACAAGACGCUACCCCGCAUUCUUGGCCAUGGCAAAUCUCUCUUCGAGUCUAUGGAGGGCAUACUUGUGGAGGAUCUUUGAUUAGCCCUGAAUGGGUAGUCACCGCUGCCCAUUGUGUUCACAGGAAUCCUUCUCCAAGUCGCUACACAGUUGUUGUAGGCGCGCAUCGCCGAAAAGGAAAAACAAGUGUUCAACAGACUGCACGUGUUUCAAAGAUUAUUGAGCAUCCCAAGUAUGCAAGCAGACCAACAAGAAACGACAUCGCAUUAUUAAAACUUUCGCGACCAGUCAGAAUGAGCGACAAGGUUGCAUCUGUUUGCUUGACAGAAGCCAAACCUCCACCAGGAACAAAAUGUUAUAUAACAGGAUGGGGUGCUAUCAGAGGUGGUGGACCUUCGCCAGAUAUUCUUCAACAAGCUAUGCUACCCAUUGCUUCCCAUGACAAUUGCAAAAAGAAGUAUUAUGGAGUCAAUUCCUUUUCCCAUCUUUGUGCUGGAGAGGCUCGUGCAGGAGCAUCUGGUGGAUGUAAUGGUGACAGCGGCGGACCAUUGGUAUGCGAGGAUAGAGGGUCUUGGUUCCUGCACGGCGCUGUGAGCUUUGGGUUGAUGAACUGCCCAACAACACAUUAUACUGUGUUCGCACGCGUGUCGAGUUUUGUACCGUGGAUAAAACAAAACACUGGUAUUGGAGCGAGUGGUGGUGGGGUUAAUCCGCCGUCCCCGCCACCACCACCAACUCCGACUCAAGGGCCUCCACCACCUCCCACUACUCAGUCACCUCCAUCACCACCAUUACCACCCACGCAGGCACCACUACCCCCGACGUCAACUCCCUCAGGAAAUUGUAAAGACAAGGCUUACAACUGCAAAGACUUGAAGAAGUAUUGUAAUGAAGAUAAUAUAAGAAACAAAUGGUGUCAAAAAACUUGUGGGGCUUGUGAUCAAGAUUGCAAAGACAAAGCAUCAAAUUGUCAGAGUUUGCAGAAGUAUUGUGAUAGAAGCCCCACCAAGGACGUCUGGUGUCGCAAAACUUGUGGAACAUGCUAAUUUGAAGUCAACUAAUUAUUUCAGAAGUAAACACGUCACUAUUGAAUUGAGGAAAUCAGUGACCCCCAUUGCGCAUUUUAAUUUGAGUUUAUGAAAUCUGAUGAAGGGAUCUUCUUUUCUUAAUAUGAAAUGCUUGUUUUGUUUUGUGUUAUAUCAUUUAAUGAGUUGAAAUUGAAGGACAAAAAAA